AUGCAGAUGCAGAAGCUGAGAGACAAAAGGAACUCCGGGAUCCCCGGCGCCGGGAAGCACCCAGGGUCCGAGGCACCCCAACGAGCCACAGGAGGGCCACCUCGGGGCGGCCGCGAGCGAAGACGCAGCGGGCGCCGAGGUCGGCGCUCCCCUAGUCCGGGGCGCCCGCACCCGCCCGCCGAGCCUGGGGUGUGUCUGGUAGGGGGAGGGGGAGCCCGAGGUCCCCGCCGGUGCCGGGCAGGGGGUCGCCACCCGAGCGGGGUCCCGCGCCGCGCCCCUACCCUGGCCUCGUUCCGCCGCCGCCGCCGCCGCCAACCCCGUUACCUCGGUACGGGCGCUUGCUCCGCCGAGAAGCCGCCGCCAGCAGCCGCUCCCGCGGCCGCCCUGCAGCCGCCUCUUCCGCCCGUCCUGGGGCUCGCUCCCAGCUCCAGAUCCGCCUCCUGCCUCCCGGCGACUGCCAGCUCCAGCAGCCCCGGCCGAGCCCCUCCCCGCCCCCACCGGCCAACCUCCGCCGCCGCUGCCGCCGCCGUCAGGCAGGGACUGUGUCCGCCGCCUGCCUGGCGGCUCCGCCCGCCUCCGGCUCCUCCCUCAUUCCCGCCCCCCGCCUUUCUCAGCCAGCGGCCCCGCCCAGGCCCCGCCCAGGCCCCGCCCCCACCGCAGCUCCGGGAGCCCGUGCAGGGGUCUGGGCGUGGGCGGCCUCGGGCACCCCGGGCCUCCAGGCGUGGGCUCGGGCCUGGGGCCUCCGUGGGCUCCGCCUUUCUCAGGGGAGGCGGGGGACUGGGCGGGGGCUGCGUCCUCGCGUCCCCGAGCUGUCGCGAGUCGCUGCCCCCACCUCGCCGUCGCUUCUCGGCCGGAGCCUUCCUUUGUCUUCGCGGGCCGGGGAGGACGAGUGCCGGGAGUCGGGCCAGCGCCUGCCCCGCCCUCGCCGUCCCGCGCCUCGCCCGGCCCGGGGGACUCGGGGAUGCUGCUGCUUGUCAGCCCGCAGUCAGCGGCGGCGCGACGCGGGAGAGAACGCGGGGCGCGCGGCCGGGGACUGCGGCCGGGACGCUCCGUGCAUCCGGGCUGAGGCGGCGUGAGAACCGCGGAGCCCGCGUUAUUGUUAUGGUGUAUGUUGAAGUGGGGCGCGCUGUGGCGCCCGUUCUUUACACAGGCGCGUGUCUGUUCCCCAACACAGUAGCCAGUCUCGCAUCAGGUUUGCGGGAUUUUAAGUUGCAGCUCUCAUACCUGACUAGAAGCAGAGUUGAACAAAUAGAUGGCGUUUGUGUAUAGGCUUCUGUGUUUAUUGGUUAGCGUUGAAGCUUGCUGAUCUGACUUAGCUCUGAUUUUAUUCAGGUACCCUGAAUCUUGAGGUUCUGUCCCCAAAACACAAGCAAAAAUGGCAGGAGUGUAAGUUUUUCCGAAUCAGAUGAAGCUCAAAAAGCUUUGAAUGCAGUUUAAGUGACUAUCUCCUGCCAACCACAGAGUCAUCCUUCCCUUUAUGUCAUCUGUUAUCCUGAUACAUGCCAGCCACAAGUAUUUAAAAGUAUUCAUGGGAACAGCUGCGACUGACUUAGUAAUAAGGUACCUAAGUACAGUAGGGAGACUCCAAAGCUGCCAUCAAUGAACUAUGCUUCCUGGAUCUCGUGUCUUUAAGUAGUCACCUUGUGUUGCAUCUUGUUGGCCUGAGACAUUAGAAUGUGGCAGAGGUGACAGCAUGUGGACUCCAUGCCUAGAUUUGAGGAUGAUUGCUCUCUUCUGUGUCCUAAUGUGUAAUGCUCACUGUCCGGAACUAUCAUUAGAGGAGUCUGGCAAUCUAGCCUAAAAGGCCACCCAGCGUGACCACACAAGGAAGCCACAGGCACAGGACCUGAGACCAUAAGGAGAAGCAGAGUGGCACAAACAGCAGCAUUUCGGAGGAUGGUGGGGUCCUGGGAUUUUUCCAGCCCCAGCCACAGUUAGCUGCAGCUUUAUGAAGAGCCCGAAGUGAGAACAUAAAGGAAUGCUCCCAGCCAGGCCAGGGGAAGCACAGCCACAGGAGGGCUAUCUAAACAACUGCUGUUUUAAGGCUGUGAUAGGCCUGAUUUGCUGCACAGUGAUAAGUAAUUUAAACACCAUCUGCUGGAAACAAGUCCUCUAGUGUUCCACAAAUACAAGCUGAACAUCUCUAAUCCAGAAAUCUGAAAUGCUCCAACUGAAAAAUUUUUGAAUGCUGGCCUGAAAUCACAAGUGGAAAAUCCCACCUCUGACCUCAGGGGAUGGGCCAUGGCAAAAUGUGGGAGCACUAUAAAUAUUGUGCAAAAUUACUUUCAGAUUCUGUGUAUAAAGUGCACAUGAAACAUAAGGCAUAAAUGAGUUCUGUGUUUACAUUGGUUCCCAUCUUCAAAAUAUCUCAUUAAGUAUAAGAAAAUAUUCCAAAAUCUAAAAAUAAAAACAAAUGCAAACUCCAAAGCACUUCUAAUCCCAAGCAAUUUGGAUGAGGGAUACUCAUCCUGGGCUAUAUUUAACUUUAUAUCCCGUUCCUCGUUUGUUUUCUUGGGCAAGUGAUAUGGCUCUGGAGAACUGAAUAAAAUGCUGUGUAUAUCAUU